AUGGCCGAUCUCCCAGCCUGGACCGGCUCGGGUGAUCCCAGCCCACCCCAGGGUGGCUACCCUGCCCUUACAGGCACUCGAGGUGAAGACACGAGGGCAGAUGGAAACAUGAUCGAGAAACCAGAAAUGGCGAAUGCCAUGCGGCCUCCUGACUUACCUGAAGAAAAGCUAUAUCUCGAGACAAGGUUGGAUAUUAUAUUCCAAAACUUCUGGAUGAAGCUAGAGCAAAGGAUGCACCAAGAGGCCCCACAGCAGCCGACAAGAUGCUCACCUCCCGGGCGAAUUCCAAUCCUGCAACAGCAGUCUGUGGCUCUAGCUAUGAGGAAGGACCCAAAAUGGUGGCGAGUAAAGCAGAGUAUAUCGCACCAGCCAUGGGCGCCAUGUGAGCGGGCAUUGCCUAACCUUGAGCCAUUCGACGCACCAGAGGUAGUGGUGUUGACCUCGACCCCGGUGAGUGGCUUUGUCAUAUGGCCCACUCUGAAGCCUGGAAGCCCAAGACAUCACUCCAUAAUGCUGGACUGUGCUCUGUCCCUCGAGG